GCAACAUUAGUUAUCUCAUAUCAAACAAAUGUCAUUCUAUGGAAAUAAAUAAUGGUAAGUAUUGCAAAAUAUUUAGCAAAAUGAAUGAAGAAAUUGAUGAAUAUGAUAUUUAUCAUCAAGACUUUACUACUGUAUCGGAAUGGGAAGUAUUCAUAGCGAGGAUCGAAGAAAUAUUAAAUGAAUGGAGACUUGCAAAAACAAAAAUAGUGAGGUAUCCAACAGUUUCAAAGAAAUGGAUAAGUAAAUCUGAAGAAUUUAGUUUUCAAGGAAUAAAUUUUAAACUCUCAUAUCACGCUUUGGAGCCUGUUUCAAAUGAAGAGAGUACAGAGGAUUCUGAUGGAAAAACAAUAUUCCAAGAGUUGCAGAAUGGUAUCUGGGAUGCCACAUCACAUUUUAUGGACGAGGAUGAUGGUAGUCCUUUUCCCGUAUCGAUCUGGUUUGGCUUAAAACGAUACUUAAUGUUCUGUCCAGAAAUUCCACUUGUAGAUGGUAGUAUUAUAAAAGUAGUUAUGAGUUCAGUGAAUAUUGCUUUUGCAAAUGUAAACUGCGGUGUUCCUUUUUUCGUUAAGAUUAGAGAACAUUGGCAACAUAAUUAUCUGGGAUUUUAUGAAGACAAUGAAUAUAAAACUAGCUUUGACGUUAUAAAUUUGAAACGAAUAUCAAAUCAAUGCUCUCAUCUCACUGGUCUUGUAAGUUUAUUCAAAUCAAAAAUAUCCUCCCCAGUUGCAUUGGAUGCUGUGAUGGUAUCUGCAAAAUUUUCUUAUGAGUUGAAAGAUUCAGAAGCUUUUGCUUGGAGGAAAGUAACACAUUCCAAUGAAUUCUUAUCUGUAGAUGGUUUUGAUGUGAAGAAGUUAAUAGAAUUGCCUUUCGGUUCUGAAAGAAAUCCUGUAGCAAGCAUACUUCUCAAUGCAAUUUGGCCACGGUUUCGGGAGAGUACCAUAGUAGAUUCUUCAACAUUUUCUGACAUUGAUCCAUUGAUGGCCCCAGUUUGGAAAGUUACAUUAAAAUUUAGAGAAAAUAUAGCAUGUCAGUUAUCAGAAACUAUUAGUAAAGUGAUGAAUUUGUUAGAAAACACUGCUUUGAUUAUGGAUACUCUUGGUUUGAGCAGAAGUUUGGGAAUAGUUAAUCCUUUGCAUAAAAUAACAGAAGCCCCUAUAACUAUAUCUAAAUUAGUAAAAGCUGCCAUUGGCCAGAGCAGCAACACCUCGGAGUUCAAAGGGCCAUUACCUGAUGAUUUGUUAAUGCCUCUUUUGUACUAUGUUUUUCCGGAUGCUGUUGAAGAUGACACAUUUAAUUAUCCUAAACAAUUAGAAGUGGAAUUUAAGAGUGAUACAAAUGAAAACAAAUUGUGCAAUUAUGUUAAAACUAGUCCUGAAAGUGGCCUUGUAUGGAGGCUAUCGGUGACAGCAGCUCGGCUUCACGAUGCAGGAGGACUACCUUACUUGGCUCAUUUUUGGUAUGAGUUUGUACAAGAAUUGCAGUAUAGGUGGGAACACAAGAUACAGGUACCAGGCGUGGCAGGCGGCGCACCUAAUGCGCGAACCUGUCUGCUGCAUCAGAAGCUGCAGUUACUGAACUGUUGCAUCCAGCGGGUGGAUAGCUCUACGAACCAGGGCGGUAACUCCUCCGACGAUGAGUUCUAUGACUGUUCCGAUGAUGACGGCACCGACGACCUUCCACCCUGGGACAAGCCCGUGGGACGCCUCCACCGACUUGACAAUGCCACACUCAAAAAUGGCGCACCCCUAUACGUACCACAGACUCAGGACCCCGCCCCGAAGACUGAGGACCAGUUAGAAGAAGACGCUGAAUUAAUGGUGCGCUUGGGAGAUGAUGCUAGAGCAUCAGAACUACGAGCGAGGAUGAUGAGCGCCUCGCUUCUUUCCGACAUGGAGGCUUUCAAAGCCGCCAACCCUGGCGCUGAAUUGUGUGACUUCGUUCAGUGGUACUCCCCUCGGGAUUGGCUCCCAGAUGAAGGCGGUAAAUUAGGAGCUCGUAUGCUCUUACCCGGCAAUCCUUGGGCCGAGACUUGGAGUGUAUCGCGACCGGUACCAGCUGCUCGCCAGCGGCGGCUGUUCGAUGAAACACGUGAGGCAGAGCAGGUGUUGCACUUCCUACGUUCUCGCACAGUGAGUGCUGUAGCCGAACUCCUGCUGCCGGCUAUACUGCGUGUGGCAGCAGCUAAAUGUCACGAGGAGGGUGCACCCCGAGGAAGCGUGUCUGUCGGUGGUGUUGAUAAGAGACGUACUUUCGAAGUGGCCGCUCGUGAAAUAUACGAUGCGGAGAGGGAAGUGUGUAAGUGUUUAUGUGUUCGUACCGUGUUCGGUGACGGUGCUGAAGGUGAGCCACUGGAUGUGGCCGGCAGGUCGAGGGUGUUGAGUGCGGCGGGGGGAGCGUUGCCCUUACCGGCGCGCAAAGAGUUCACCCUCCGGGUAAAGGACUCCGUAGCACCGCAGACUAUGCGCGCCGCUCUCUCCACCGACAUGACCAUAAUAGGAGUUUUCACUGAACGAAUAGUCUGCUUGUAGCAUAGUUCGAAGCUGAUUAAGAAUGUGAACAUACUUUGUCUUCCUUUGCCAUUGACAAUGUUACCGAUCAUUAAAAUAUAUUGUUAGUAGGUAUAUAAAGGUCAGCGAUCAAUUAUUGUUAAAUGAAUCAUAAAUGUAGGUUAUGUUAAUU